AUGGCGCGACCUUUGGAAGGAAAAUUCGGUAUCGUCACUGGUGGCUCACGGGGCAUCGGCGAGGCAAUCGCCCGAAACCUCGCCGCGAAAGGCUGCUCCCUCCUUUUGAACUUCACCUCUGAAUCCUCGCGCGCUCGCACAGAAGAGCUCUGCGCCUCGCUGGCCUCGACGCACACGAUCCGCUGCGUCGCCGUGCAGGCCGACCUCCUGCAGGCCGAAGAAGCCGUCCCCCAGAUUCUAGCAGCCGCCAAACAACACUUCACCUCGCCCGAGGGCAAGUUCCAGAUCGACGUGCUCAUCAACAACGCCGGCGUCAGCGCCGACCGCUUCCUCAACGACCCCGUCAAGGGCCCCAUCGACCGCGAGUACUUCAACUGGCACUACAGCAUCAACGUGCUCGCCCCGCUGCUGCUCACGCAGGCCUGCGCCCCGUUCCUCCCCACCGACCGCUCCGGCCGCAUCGUCAACAUCUCCUCCGUUUCCUCGAGUAUUGGGUUCACGGGCCAGAGCGUCUACGGUGGGACCAAGGCCGCGAUCGAGGCUAUGACGCGCACUUGGGCGCGUGAACUCGCUGACCGCGCGACAGUCAACGCGGUCAACCCCGGCCCUGUCAUCGGGGAUAUGUAUUUUGCGACCGGGGAGGAGUUUUGGAAGCAGAUGCAGGGGUUCCAGGACGCGACGCCGUUGAGUAAGAUGGUCGAGGACGAUCCGCAGAUGAAGGAGUUGAGUGAGGAGCAGAUCCGCUUGAUCAAGGAGAAGAUGGGUGGGCGGCGGCCGGCGUUUACCAGUGAGAUUGCGGGGGUGGUGGGGAUGCUGUGUACGGCCGAUGGUCUGUGGUGUACGGGGAGUGUGGUGUGUGCCAAUGGUGGUAUGAAAAUGGGAUUUUAG